UAUGUUUUGUGGUGACACUGGUGACAGUUCCGUGCGAUUGAAAUAGAUAUGUGAUGUGUCAAACUUGUCAACAAAAGACUUUUUUUCUAAAAUGUCUUGUCACAUUCGCCUGACAGCUAAUAUACAAGGCAUUAGUGAUAUAAGAAGAUGUUUGUUCCCUACAGAUGAUCAGAGAGGCACUGAUAGUUGGUUACAGCUUUGUGAGAUUUCAGUUUCGCCCAUUGGAGACCUAAUUGUUAUUGCAAAUGAAAGAAAAAUUGUUGUCCUUAGUUCGAAAUGGGAUUCUCAGUCCUCCAUGAAUCAAUUCCAGAUAUCAUUCUCAGGAUCAAUACAUGAGUAUGAUAAAGUAAAAGCUGUUUUAUGUUUACCAAUUAUUGGACAAAGUCAGAACAGUCAUGUAGGGCCUGACUGGACCUGUAUCCUGAUAGGAUAUGAUUCUGGCUUUGUAAGAUUUUAUACUGAGUAUUGCGAACUUUUAAUGGAAGAACAGUUUCAUUGUGAAAAUAUUACCACUGUAAAAUGCCAGUCGCAACAUAGUCCCAGGCCAGAUAUAUCACCAAAUUUACACCCAGAACAAAUUUAUAUACAGUAUCAGAGUAAUGUAUGUGUUAUAAAUGGAGCCCAUCUGUUCCCUCAUUUAAGAAAUUGUUGCAGUCAGCUAGCGAGAGUUCAAGCCAAAGGUGAACUAUUGCAGUUGCCUCCUUUGUCCCUGAGUCCUAAAAAAUGGGGUUUUCAAGACCAAGCAGUUAUACAUGACAGUGCUGUUGUCGGUUUUAAUUUAGCAAGCCCUUUUGACCACCUAUUGACAGCAUCAACUUGUGGUGGUUUCGAAACGAAAUAUCGGGCAGUGCCACCACAUAAUACUUUGGUACUUGCGGCUGGCUGUAAACCAUUUCUUGGGUAUCAUUAUGCCUUGGAAGGUGGUGCACUACCCGUUCUCAGUGAUGUAGCUAAAGCUGUCGCUAGCAAGUUGAAAUCAGCGUUACCAGGGUGGCUCACUGGCAACAAAUCACAAGUUGAAAAACAGCAAUCUAUUGCCAUGCAACCUGCAGAAGCAAUGGGUUGUCGAUUUGGUUUAUGCGAUCUACAUAGAACUGCCACAGAUAUCAUAUUAUCACCUGAUCGUAAACUUGCCGCUGUUAGUGAUGCUCUCGGUAGAGUUUUAUUAAUUGAUGCUUUUAAAGGGAUAACCUUAAGGUUCUUUAAAGGAUAUCGAGAAGCACAGUGUGCAUUUCUCCAAGUUCCUGAUGAAAGAAAAUCAAAACAUAGGAUAGGAAAUAAAGUUGCCCAUUUUUUAGUAAUCUAUUCCCCUAAAAAAGGUACCUUAGAAGUUUUCUCUGUUCAAAAUGGUUCCAAAAUAACAACUUUUACUGCCUCUAGAUUUAGUAAAUUAAUUUAUAUUACCCACGGAUUAAUGGGUUUUACCACUACGUCUAAGUCUAAAUACAUUUGUCAGUUUACUACUAUAUUUAUAGACAAUGAUGGACAAGUGAAAGAAAUUGUGAUACCCUUUCAUUUUGCGUUAGCAGAGAAAAAUAAUAAACGUGCAAGGGAUAUACAUUUGUACAAGAAACUAAGGCAUCUUAUAAAAUCUGGAGAGUGCGAUGAAGAACAGUUAUCACAUGAAAUCUAUAACACUUGCACAGAAUUAAAAACCAUUGAAAUUAAAUCUCAAAUGGUUGACAUGUUAUUAAACAGUAAAGACAUUCCAGCUGAAAUAACUUUGCAAUGCAUACAGUAUUUUAUAGAAAAUUUAGUAGAAGAAGAAUGUAAUACUUUAAAAACCUUGUGUGAGAAUGCUAGUGUUCUAUUAAAAUUUUUCAUAUUUAUUAGUAAUUUGCCAAAUAAUGAUCAUUUAGAUUUAGAAAAUGGAAAUUUAAAAAGAGCGGAUAAUACUACUUUAAAUUUAAAUGAUAAGGAAUUAAAAAAUUUGCAGAAAUUAUUAGAUUUAAGUACCAUUAAUGAUCAUAUCAAAAUAAAUGAGGUGCAUGUUUCCUUCUCUGAUAGAUCUGGGUUCUCCAUAGCUGAGUAUUUAUCAAUUUUUGAUCUAUCCAAAGUAGACAGUAUAUUACUUAAAUCAGAUAUAGAUGAAGCUGUUCUAUUUAGAGCAGCUGAAUUCACUUUUAAGCCUUAUAUUACAGGAGAUCUUGUUAAUUAUGAAGAGUUACAAAGUGAAAUUUUUAACAGCAAAAUAAAUACCAAAAAUUUAUUUGAUUUGCUUGUAAAUUACUGGGUUAAUCGCUCUCUUUACAUCAAUCUAAAUUUAACAAAAGAAAUGAAUAACCUUUCUUCUACCAUAUAUGCAUUAGUAAAAACUGCUGGUAAAGAUAUAAUAUCUACUGAAUACAGUGAGGUUUCUAAGUUUUGGUCAGAAAUUCGUGAUAUCUUGGCAAAUUCAUCUAGACCAUUUCCGGCUUUAAUGGCAGCUAUUCUUUGUAAACAAGUGGCUGGUAAAAUUGAUAAAGAACUAGAAAUGGAUGAUUCGGCAACAAGUUUAGAAGAAGAAAAUAUGGAAGUUCUUUCACAAGAAGACAUUCAGUGGUCGCUGCUUAUUGGUAAACUAGAAGAUAUUUCAUUACUAAAUAUAAUUUUGGCAACGAAGCCAACUGUAAAUGAGUGUUCACUACCUAAGUUGCAUCACGAUAAAACAAAUAUCAGCCUAAAAUUUGUUCUUUCCAGAGGAAAAGGUUCUAUAAGUGAGCUAGUGGCUCAGUGGCUGACAAGUACUGGCAUAAAUCCUCAAAAUAUUAUUAAUGAUGAAAAUUAUAGAUAUGAUGUAAGUAGUGACGUAAAAAUGGAAAAUAAUUCUGAAAAUGUGCAAACUCAGUCAAUAAAGGACGAACCUAUUUGUGAUCAGUUAAAUCUUCUGAGGAAACACUUUCCUUAUAGUUUAGAAGCAAGCACUAUUCUUGCAAAUAUGGCCUGGGAAUAUGCUUUGGCUUGGCGAAAGGAUAUUCAAGAUUUAAGCAUCUUGGAAGCUGCCACCACUUGUAUGGGCUUCAUUGAAAACUUACAAAUAAAACAGGGUAUGUACCAGCUAUUGUGGAACACUCAUUUGAAAAUUGUUAAUGAAAGUGCUUCUAAAUUAAUAAACAAAGUAGGCAAGUUACCUAAAGAAAGGCUGUGUCAACAAGAUACUGGCCUAUCAGACUACCAGAUAUCUCUCUUCAUACGUAUUUGUACUGGUUUUCUGGAUUCCUUCAUGGAUGUAGCUCAAUUAAGUUAUAAAGCUCCUAAAACUGUUCUGCAAUUUGAAAAUAUCUGGGAAAAUGGUGGGCAACCUCUAGUGGAAUUAGCAGCUCUACAACGAGAAGUCAAUUAUAAUCUACUGCACCUACAUUAUCAGCUGAGUUUCGUUUUACACAUGAUCACUACUUUUUCCAUAAAACAUACAAAACCCUUAAAUAAUCUCUUUGAACCAUCUACAGUGAAUUUACUUUUCACUGAUUUACAAAACAGGAUAGAUAUAAAUUGGAACAAAUCUGAUGUAAGGAUUAAUACUUCUAGAACUCAAUUUUUAUGUAAAAUCAUAUCAGCCAGCUUAGAAACUGUCACAGAAAAUGAAGAAGGUAGUAUAUAUUCUAAGCAACACGUUAAUUGGAUGGCAAAAUGUGUGACGCUAGCACGGUUCUGGAAUUUGGAUGUUGAUAUGUUAAAGCGAUUUCAGAUCGUCCAACUGUAUUCAAAUGGAUUUGAUAGUAUAGCAGAAGAGCUUAUUCCUGCAGUUAAUGAUUCUCAUGAAUUAGGAAUGCAACUUUUGACUAUUGCAUCAAAGCGAUUGGCGCAGUUUUUAUCGUUAUCUCCAAAUUUAAGUACAAAUAUAUCAGCACUCAGUCCAUAUCUAACGAAACACUUACAAUCUUUGGAUGAUGAAUGGUGUGUUGGCGGUUCCUUAAGUAGCAUCACUAAUUUGGCCACGUAUACUCUAGGAUGCUUGAGUGAGAAACAAACGGAAUAUAAAUUGGCUCAGUUACUAUUAGAAGCUUGUUCCACUUUGGCAGAAAUCCAGUCUUAGAAAUUGUUGAUUUUUAAAAUGUUUUACAUUGUUAAAAUUUAUAUUUAUAUAUCGAAGAUAUCUUGUGAUUCAUAUAUACAAUAAAUAAUCUUUUUUAAGUUUUUA